AUACUUUCUGAUAGAAAAUUGAAGUCACACUGUCUUAAUUUUAAACAAAACAAAAUGGAGUAUUUCUUGUGUGUAAAGACCACCAAACUACGGUUUAAAGACACUGCACACGUCCUGAUAUCGAAAAAGCUUUUAGAAUGACUUUUGUCACGCAUGAACAGACCGCCGAGAGAUUACCGACUUGACCAUCCUGCCCAUCUCGACUCAUUCUGUAUGGCAGCUAAUAGUUACCUCCCUUGGUAAAAAAUAAGCCAUUAGUAAUUUGGUAAACAAAAGCGACAAAACCGUCUUUGAAAAAUGUUAAAUGAUGAUGAAGAUUAUAUGUCAGAUGCGUUUUUGAAGCAAAUCCCUGAUACAAGACCAGGUCUUGUUCCUAAACAUAUAGCUAAAAGACAUGAUAAGGAAAAGAAGGAAAGAGUAGCCAAUGAAAAAAAUCGUCAAAAGCCCAAGGCAGUUCUUGAGAAAGAAAAACGUGACGAAGGACUAGGGGCAGCCAUUUCCAGUGAAAACAAGGGAUUUUCUCUUCUCCAAAAAAUGGGAUACAAACCUGGCAUGGCGCUCGGAAAGUCAGGUGUAGGUCGCUUAGAGCCUGUUCCAGUCGAGGUGAAGACUGGACGAGGAGGUCUUGGACAGGAAGAGGAGCAGAAAAGGAAGAAAGUGGAAAGAACUCUAAUGUACCAAAACUUGAGGGCAAAACAACAGAAGAUGGAGGGAGAAAUAAAGCAGACAUUCAUGAGAAGGCUGAACGAGAAAAUAUCAAAUAAAAAUGUGGAGAGAGACUUCAAUAAAUGUCAGAAAGUUUGCGAACAGCUGGAUUCACAAAUGGGACUGCUUGAACCACAUGAGGUGUUUUUUUGGCCUGAAGCACUUUUGCCAAAGGGUCAAGAUUCACCGGAGGACGAGGCUCAGUCCAUAGACCCACUUGAACCAGGCUACAGUGGAUAUGUGCAAGACGUCCAUGAGGAGGAGGAAGAGGAGGAGGAAGAGGAUGUUAUGAAUACACCAGCACAUUUUACGUUGGAAGAGAAGUUAGACAUACUGACGUUGUACUUGAGGACAAAACACAAAUACUGCAUAUGGUGUGGUACCAAAUAUAAUGAUAAAGAGGAUAUGAUGCAACAUUGUCCAGGAAAUUCAUCGGAACUGCAUGACGACUUAUGACACUGCUUAUUUAAUUAAUAGAGAAAACUGGUACAGACUUUGUGGAAGAAGUAGGAAAGAAGCAAUGUUCAUAAUUCACAUUCUGAGAACAGUUGAGUGUCAUGAUUAAAUCUUGCAAGAUUGACAUUGUGAAGUCAUUCAACUUUCCUAAUGUGUUAAAAGUGUUAAAGAGGUGUUCAUGAAAAUAAAUAAAUUGCUGGUUGUUAA